CCGCCCGCCGGCCGGCGGCCGCACCUCGCCGGAGGGCACGCUGUCCCGCCGCUCCCGGUCCGGCCGCGCCGCCAGGCAAUCCGAGAUCCGCCGGCAGCAGCGCGCGCAGGAGCUACAACGGGAGCUGGGGGAGGUGGAGGUGCGGCAGCAGGAGCUUGAGCAGCGCGGCGCCUCCGUCGAGAAGGCCAUCAGGGGUGAACGCCCGGGCGGUGACGGCGGCGGGGGCGAGGACACCGACCCCAGCGACGACGCCGUCCUGAUGCGCCAGUGGUUCGGCCUGGUGCACGAGCGCAGUAUGCUGGUGCGGCGCGACCAGCUGCUGCAGUUGCAGCUGCGCGAGCUCCAGCUGGAGGACAAGCACGACCGGCUGCAGAUGGAACUACGCGAGCGCAUGGCCGCGCCCGAGGCCCUGAAGUCGGACGUUGACGUGGAGCGGGAGCGCGAGCUGGUCAGCACGCUGCUGGAGAUAUCCGAGCAGAGACGCGCGCUCCGACAGGCCAUGGACGCCGAGCAGGACACACUGAGAAUGGAGUGCGAGUCUGCUGAGAACCGCCAGUAGGUGCUCGGUCGGCCCCAACCCAACUGCGGUCCGGACGAGACGGCCGUCUAGCGCUCCGUCCAGCGUCUGUCCCCAGCGGCCGUCUCCGUCUCCGCGAGCACCACCUGACCCCGUGCGGUCGGAGCGGUCUCCUAGGGCCAACCAGCUGGCUCCAGUUCUGGGGGACAGGGCGUCAUACCGACCACGCCCGACUGGGGCACGGCGAGCCGACCAUGCCCUUGUGGCGGGGCCUGCAGGGUGUGAACCUCGGCGGCGCCAACGGCCGCCGUCGCCGCAGACCGAUGCACAUCGCGCCGGGCCACUGCGCGGUCGCCGUCUGAGCCACCUAUUCCCGGCCGCUCCGUGCUUGCGUCGCGCCGUGUGAGGUCGCGGCUGCUCCCGCGGGGGUCGAGCUGGCGGCGGCGUCGGCGCUUGUCCACGGUGUUGUGGCAUAUGUGAUUUUCGUGCUUUCUCGGCCGGAUGGGCGCUUUGCUGGAGAUGCGUUUGGAGUUCGCACUGGAGAUGAUCUGCAUGCUGUAACAAAACAUUUCCGUUGAUUGCGUAGGCAUUGUAAGACGAACGCUGUGUGAUAUUGAGUGGAGAAAUAUGUGGGAUAUUGCGGAUAAAAGAUGGAGUGGUUGUUGCCAACAGCCAUACACCAUUCGCGUCCAGAUAAGGCCGUCGUAUUUUCAACAAAUCGUCCAUGAGUGACCCUCCCAUAUUUAACUAACAUCUGUGAUCGGUUAUUUCGCUUUCGUUAUUUCGCUUGUCAUGCCGUUGCUUGUGGUCGCAUGCUCGUAAUGAGGUCUUCGCAUGUUCGUAGAUAGAAAAUAUGGUCAAAGGACAAGGUGAACGCUGUAUUUAUGUACAUUGUGUCAUUGUGGAACGAACCGGGCUGGGUCGUGUUCGCACGGCUCUUGAAUGCGCCAUGACUGCCGCGCCCUGCGGCAUCCACACUGCUCCUUCACUUUCUAAUCAUCAAUUUGUUGAUAAUAUAAAGACGUAACGUGAGCUGCAGUGUUACUGAGUC